AUGACCUUUUGCUCGGUUUCGGUAGAUGAGGAAAUGGAUGGACAUUGAGAGAAGAAAUAGCAAGGGGGCGAUUGGAGAUUUAUCUGGGAACAGCUCAUAAAUACCUUAACUAUACGGCCGCUCGUCCCUGGCGGGCAGUUGGGGUUCCACUACAAACAACGCCCAAACACCGGAAACAACAAAUUGAACACCAUCACCACCACACCCCCAAACCGUAACAGAGGAACGAUGGACUCUCCGCUUGCACAGCCGCUCACCCUACCAUGCGGGUUGCAACUCCCCAACCGACUUGUGAAAGCGGCGAUGGCUGAGAAACUCGCCGACGGGGAUGGGCUUCCCACGCCGACGCUCGAGCGAGCAUAUGAGAAAUGGGGCGGCGGAGGGUGGGGCCUGAUCUUGACGGGCAACGUCCAGGUCGACCACCGAUACCUCAACGGCGCAGGCGACGUGACCAUGAAACCCACCACGAGCACACACAAGCAGCUCGCGCGCUGGUGCGCCUGGGCCAGUGCCUGCACCACGCCCCGCCAGACCCCAGCGAUCGUGCAACUCAACCACCCAGGCCGCCAGUCCCCCAUGGGCGCAGGCAGCCGCAGCCUCUGCGCGCAGAACCUAGCCCCCAGCGCCGUACCGCUGGACUUUGGUCCCGGCCUGAUGGCCCAGACGAUCAGCCGACUGGUCUUCGGGGUGCCCCGCGCCAUGACCGAGGUCGAUAUCCAAACCGUGGUGCAGCAGUUCGUGGACGCGGCGCGGUUGGCGGCGGAGGCGGGAUUCCAAGGGGUGGAGACCCACGCGGCGCACGGCUACCUCCUCGCCCAAUUUCUGUCGGCGAGCACGAAUCGCCGCACCGACGCUUAUGGCGGGACCGCUGCGCGGCGGGCCCAGUUGGUCGUUGAGAUCAUCCGCGCCGUUCGCGCGGCGACUCCGCCCCGGUUCUGCGUCGGGAUCAAACUCAACUCGGUGGAUCACCAGUCCGCGGAGGCACUGGAGGAGUGCGUUGAGCAGCUGCGGCUGAUUGUUGCGGCUGGGGUGGACUUUGUGGAGAUUAGUGGAGGGUCGUAUGAGAAGCCUACUAUGAUGAUGAGUGAAAUUAUCCAAGGACACCGACCCUCGGCUCGGACUGAAGCGCGGGAGGCGUUCUUCUUGGAUUUUGCUAGCGCGAUUCGGAGCUCAUUCCCAGAAGUGCCUCUGAUGGUGACGGGAGGCUUCCGUACCCGCCAGGGCAUGAUCGACCCCUUGCAGAACAGGGACUGUGACAUGAUCGGACUCGGUCGACCCGCGGUGUUGCAUCCGACUCUUCCCGUAGAGGUUAUUCUUAACAAGCGGGUGCCUGCCGACGAGGCGCGCUUGGUGACGGAACGGGUCCCGAUCUCCUGGGCGAACCGGUGGACUAAGUUACCGGUCAUCGGGGCCGGGGAUGAGAGCUGGCAUUACAGUAGUAGGAUUGCGGAGCUGGGGGGUUAGACUGAGGGCUGGACCCUGAAGUUCAUGGUUCACAUCGGGAUCUGCUGAUGUGAGUAUUUGAUCGGUUUUAGAUCGAGUGAGGAG